AUGAUAUCGUCCGACGGCGACACUGAGACCGAGAAGAAAACCAAUAAAGCACAAUCCACCCGACCACUUCGCGCAGUCCUCGACGACGCAAAAGCGAGAAUCCAGCAACUCAAAGAUCAAGGCGAGAAAGCGCAACGCGACCUUCUCGCCGAGCAAGAAAAGGCCAAAACCCUCCAGACCGAAAAGGAUGGAUUGACAUCCCAACUAACCACCACCAAAGCCGAGCAACAAAGUUUUAUCAAAGAAAUGGUUGUCACAGAAGAAAGAAUGGACCUGAAGAACCAAGUCCAACAUCUCACCACGCAGAACGCAGAUCUAACCACCCGACUCAAGCAUUUGGCUACGGAAAAAGAAGAAAUCACAUCCAAAAAUACUCUUCUACGCACAGAAAACAUCUUCCUCCGCGACGAAACCCAGCGCCUCAAAUCCUCCGUAAAUGCCGCUCCGCCACCGACGCUGCAGUCCACAUCCACAUCCACACUCCUGCCUGCCUCCCCCGCGCCCUCUAGCAUCGUCUUCACAGAAGAAGACGUAAAGCUUGAUAACGUGCGUAAAGUGUAUGCGCAGUUGAAAAGGAAGCAGGAUAGUCUGAAGGGUAUAGUGAGACAGUUAAUGUGGUGCACGAGGAACAUGGUACUGGGUGAAUUUGGGGAGUUUGGGGUAACGGUGAGGAGGUUGAGGGAGUGGAUGGAGGAGGAUGAGCAACAGCAGGGGACGAAGAAGCAGAAGCAGAGGGUGGGAGCAGGUGGGUGAUGGAACGACAG